CUAUUGCUCGCCUUUAGCUUUCCCAAGGAAAUAAACUCAUCUAACUCGAGAAGCCAUUCUAACACUGCGUGAAAGAGAGAGAGAGACAGAUGAGAAUGGCGAAAAGAAUGCUUGUGGUGUCGAUGCUUGCAAUCCUAUGUCUUGCAGAUGCGCGCACCGAGGAGUUCUUCUACAACAGGACUUGCCCGAAUGCGGAGACGAUUGUCCGAGACGUGGUCACCUCGCAUUUCCGGAACAACCGGACCAUCCCGGCGGCACUGCUGCGACUCUUUUUCCACGACUGCUUCGUCGAGGGGUGUGAUGGAUCGCUGCUGCUGGAUGCGUCCGCCGAUGGCGCUGUGAUCGAGAAGCAGGCGCUGCCAAACAACAACUCGGCCCGGGGCUUCGAGGUGAUUGACGAUGCAAAGGCGCGGCUCGAGAGCACUUGCCCCGGCGUCGUCUCGUGCGCGGACAUCCUCGCGCUGGCAGCAAGAGACUCGGUUGUCCUCACCGGAGCACCCUUCUUUGUCAUGCCCACCGGCCGCUUUGAUGGUCGGAUCUCAAACCGGACACUCGCCGAGGCCGCUCUGCCAUCGCCAUUCGACAGUGCCACCAGGCUCAAGGACUCAUUCGCUCGACAGAACCUCACAGUCCAGGACUUGGUCCACCUCUCGGGGGCACACACAAUUGGCCAGUCGCAAUGUCAGUUCUUCUCGCCCCGCCUCUACAACUUUAGCAACACUGGAGUCCCGGAUCCAACCUUGAAUGCCACGUACCGGGCCGAGCUCCAGCAGGCAUGCCCGCGCAACGCCAAUGCCACCAACAGGGUGGCGCUGGACCGAGGCUCCGAGUUCGUGGUGGACAACAGCUACUAUCGCAACCUGGUGGCGGGGAGGGGGCUGCUGCGAUCCGACCAGGAGCUCACCCUUGACUCGGAGACGGAGAGCAUCGUGCGGUCGUUUGCCGGGGACGAGAACCGAUUCCAGCUGCGCUUCCGGAGGUCUCUGCUCAAGAUGGGCGAGCUGAGGAUCAAGACGUCGGCCAACGGGGAGAUUCGGAGGAACUGUAGGCGCGUGAACCCUAGAAACACCAUCAUUGUCACCACCACGAAUGGCGAUGAUGCCGCUGCCUCCACCAUCUAGGCAAAUGGUGUGAUCCCCCAAUAACUUGAUUCUCUUUGGCUUGCUUCUGAUUGAAACUCUAGAUCAAAGGAAGAAGAAAGUGCUUCUUCUUU